CCACACACAACUACAUCCUCCACAAACACCUUUUUUUCUGUCUUCUUCAAGUUACACUGCAUCCUCCACAACCUAGAAUCUGAACAUGGCUAUUAGUAUGGGUCACAUUCUCAGUGGUAAACAAGGCCUAAGAAAGUCUUCUUCAAGAACAAAAAGAGAAAGUGAGGUUCCUAAGGGGCACUUUGCAGUUUAUGUCGGCGAGGGCGAAAAGAAGAGAUUUGUCAUUCCGAUUUCAUACUUGAGGGACCAUUCAUUUCAAAACUUGCUUAGUCAAUCCGAAGAAGAAUUCGGGUUUGAUCAUCCGAUGGGUGGACUUACAAUUCCUUGUCCGGAGGACACUUUCAUUGACAUCGUCUCUAGUCUUGAGUAGAUACUGAUAGUCAUUCUGAACAAUUAGUAUAGAGAUUACACACAGCUUAGUUUCAUAUUCUGAAUUUUUUUGUACCUAAAAGUGUACUUGUACAAUGUUCUUUUUUUUCCCUGAUCCAAUUGGGAAAUAAUGUUCAUCAAAAUAU